GGCAAAAAGGAAAGUCGGUUAGCUCGGGAGGGGAGGUAUGGGGGCCCUGCUCUUCACUCAGCGCUGGCCUCCAGCCCCUGCUGCUCCUGCUGCGUCUCAGACCAGCCGCUCUCAGUGCUGGCCUGAGAGGUCCAUGUGCCCAGAACAUCAUAGCCUGGCUGCCCCACCCUGGAGGGUUCCAACACAGGUAACGGAUAGGGUGGCUCACAGACCAGACUUUGUACACACUGGUCCGUGCUGGACAUCUGUGAUCUCUGACUAACCGGCCUGGGCAGAGACCCUGAGCGUGGGACCACCCGAGGUUGUUGCACUGUGUUGCUGGGGGCGGUGGUCACUCUGUGUGAGCCCUCCCAUCCUUCCCCUACCACACUGCUGUGUACCCACAGCACACCACGGCAACAGGCCUAGCUGGGAGCACAGGUAUCUGCUAACUUCCAACAGUCUUUCCAGAACAUUCUAAGUGUAAGGUUGACUCCAGACACAUCUUGCAGGACAAGACGGAGCCGUGUCCUAGUGUCUCGAUGGCGUCCUGGAGGCAGGGACAGACACUUGUUGGUGUCCACACUCAGCUCUGCCUGAUGCACACAUGCUCACAUUCACAGACCAUAACCAAGCGAGCUACCUCCUCAGAGGGGCCGGGCCGCCUGCAAGCACCCCAUCAAGGCUCCUGUGGAGGUCCUAGGCUCAGUGUCAGCACACGGCAGGAAGAGGGAUUGCAGAGAGAGCAAGGCUCUCCUCCGUGAACUGAGGUUUUGCUCCAGGGUCUCCAGGUCCCCUUGAUUUAGGCUCCACCUCUCCUCAGUCCUCCUCAGGGGUGGAGGUCUAACCCCAGGAAAGAGACCCUCAGGGACACCACACAGUCUGGAGACAAUCUGGCUGUCACAUCUGGGAAGAGAUGUCACUGCCAAGCUCUGUAAAAAAGCUAAUAAACAUCCUGCCCCAGGUCUCUGGCACCCCACCUUUCAGGUCAGGGUCUGCUCCUUUUACAGGGUUUCCCUGAGGACUGCUGCUGAUUGAAGACAUUUGCUUUGACUCACAGAGCUCUGAGGAAUGACCUGAGGGAGGAGAGGUACCCUCUGAAGUGAAGGGCUUUCAUUCUCAGCCACCAUGACAGGCAGGGAGGAGGGGAGGAACAGCCUCUGGGCAGGUGGUCCCAUGGGAGUCCUGGGCCAGGGGACACUUGGUGGACAAUCCCUCCAUGGGGGAGGGAGGCCUUUUCCUUGGAGAGGAAUGGAAAGGGAUCUUUCUGGAACUGAGUGAGGUGGGAAGGAAAGCCCAAGGGACAUGGAGGUGCACUCCGGUGUAAAUAAGCCUCCUGAGGGCCUCGCUGCAGAGUGCAGGAGGCGGGACCCUUAGAGCAGGAUCAUGCCUCCCUGCUGGGAUCUCAGCUGCUGUUUCUUUCCUGAGGCACCUUGACAUCCCUGCUUCUUAUUCUUGUUUUUAACACCAGAGGAGACACUGCCAAUGUAUUUCACAAUUGAAAAGCUUGGCAAAAACUUGUCAAUUAAAAAAGAUUGAACUUGAAUUUUGUGACGAUGGAAUUUGCAGUCAAGGAAUAAGACUGCCAUGCCUUAGGGUUUCUACUGCCAUGAUAAACAGCAUGUCCAAGAGCAACCUGUGAGCAAAGAGGUUAUUUCUACUCACAACAUUCAGGUUGCACUCCACCACUGAGGGAAGUUAGGGCAGGACCCUGCAGGCAGGAACUGAAGCAGAGGUGGUGGAGGAAGCUGCUUCUUGCUGCUCAGCCUGCUUCCUUCUACCACCCAGGACCACCUGCGGGGGUGGGGGACACACACAGGGACAGGGACAUUACCCCCAGGGAACUGGGCCCUUCCACAGCAAACACCAAUCAAGAAAAAGCCUCCCAGGCUCGGGCCAAUCUUACCGAGGCACUGUGUCAACUGAGGUCUCCUCCUCUCCGGUGAGCCUAGGUUUGUGUCAAGGGGACACAACCCAAUCAUCAGCACAGGUGGCUUGAUACCCUGACCAGAGGACCCCAGAAUCCACCAGGAGUGAAUGUCACCACCAGGGGUCAGGGCACUGCUCUCCUGACCACUCUGUGCACUCGGGAUGGGUGUAGAGAAAAGGAGCCCAGAACUGGAAAGAGGCUGAGCCUUAAAACCUGGGUAGUUUUUGCCCCUUGAAACAGGAUGUCACUAAGUAGCUCUGACUAGGCUUGAACUCUCUGUGUAGACCAGGCUCGGCCUCAAGCUUGUGCUCAUCCUCCUGGGAACUCAGGGUGACUUUCCUUGCCUAUCCCUGCACCCCUGCUCUUUCCUCUAUGGUGCUGGUAGCAACAUCCUUUGGAUAGAAUCAUGGCUGUGGCCUGAUUCAGCAUACACGCAUACCCAGCACUGAUAUAUUUUGAUAACUAAAUAAGUCACUGACUAGGAAUUUGGGGCUGGAGAAUAUGCUGUAUAAACUAGAUGUGCAGGACCCAUAAGAAGGUGACCACUGAACUUUGUAAGGCGAGAUGGUACUUCAGGUUCCUGAUUCACAGAAGAAACUGCCAGACAUUCUACAGGACAUGGGGAGAAGUGACUGACAAACUUUACCAGAAUGGGUGGAACAGUCCUUAAAAUUUCCUGCUUCACUGAAAGUUAUGCCAGAGACUCUAGGCCUGUAGGCUGAAGAUGGAUGCCCCAAUGUUACAGAAGAACUUUGGGUGACUGUCCAGGCAGUCAGGUGUCUCUGUCAUUUCUAGAGUUUUGGAAGUUACUUGCAAUGCACUUUUUAUUUACUUAAAUAAUAUUUACAUCCCUCUGGGGUCUUUGAUGGAGCUGAAGACUAGAUAGUUAUAAUUAUAGUUUUCUUUAGUUAUGAUAAAAGAUAAAUUAGAUAUGAAACUUUAGACUCACUAAGAUAGGAUAGAAUAUUUUCUUUAAUUUUGCCAAAUACAAAUAGACUAUAAUUCUUACUUGAUAACUGUUUUGUUAUAUAUAAUUUUACUAUAUUAAAGUUAUAACCUUACUUUUUGAUUAGACAGAAAAGGGGGAGUGCUGUGGGAUGUCUUUCUGUAUGCUGUGAAUAUGUGUGGCUCCCAUUAGAUAAUAAAUAAAGCUGUUUCGGCCUAUGGCAAGAAAGCUUACAACCAGGCAGGAAAUCCAAGCAGAGAUACAGAGAGAAGGGCGGAGUCGGGAGAGACACCAGGCUGCUACUGAAGGAGUAACAAGAUGCCAGCAGACUGGCAGUGCCAUGGCCACACAGCAAAAUAUAGAUGAAUAGGAAUAAGUUAGCUUAAGAUGAAAGUUAGCUAGCCAGAAGCUGAAGCCACAGGCCAUACAGUUUAUAAUUAAUAUAAGGCUUAGAGUGAUUAUUUUAUAAGCAUCUGUGGGACUAUGGGGCUGGGUAGAACUGGGGAAAUUUCCGGCUACAAAUGGCUCAGUGGUUAAGGGUGCUUACUGCUCUUGCUAAAGACCCAGGUUUAGUCCCCAGCACCCAUAUGGUGGCUCAUCACCUGUAACUCCAAUCCAGGGAGUCUGACAGUCUCUUCUGACCUUGUGGGUACCUGCAUGCAAGUGGUACACACAAACUCAUUCAGGGGCGCGCGCACACACACACACACACACACGCGCGCGCGCCGCGGAAGUAAUAAACCCUUUUUUAAAAAAUGAGCUAUCUUAACCCUAUCAUCCCAGCACUAAGGAGACUGAGACAGAACUACCAUGAGUUGAGUUCAGGGCCAGUCUGGGCCACACAGAGCAUUUUAGGCCAAUGCAGACACAGCAAAACCAGCCUCAGAAGUAAAAACAAACAAAAUGAAGCACUUUUCCUCCAAAACACUCCAAAGACCCAUUAACUGACAUUAACUGCUUGGGCCUAAACUAGGUAGGACGGUCCCUCAAGACUUGGAGGUCCCCUCUAGGCCACAUGACCAAGUCUGGCUUGGGGGUGGGGGGGUGUCCUUACACCUGACCCUGGGAUGUUGGGGAUUGGUUCAUCCUAAGGGGCAAGUAAGACAAACCAAGGAAGCAGCCAGCCAUGGCAGCACCAGCUCCUCUCCAUGGAGGAAGAUCUAGGGACACCUUUGGUGGAGGAAGAGCAUACUGAUGCACAGGCAGAGAUGGCUCAUGGGAACUGAUCCACAUUUUGUUAUUAACAACUUUUUCUCAUUUCCUUUCAUUCAGACAGGCUCUCACUCUAGGCCAGGUUAGUUGAGAACUACAUAAUUUAAGCUGGCCUGAACUCAUGGAAAUUCUCCUACCUCGGUCUUCCAAGUGCUGGGAUGACAGGCAAGAACUACUGUGCUCAGAUCUUAAAUCUCACUUGUAGCCCAGGCUAGCCUUCACCAUUAAGUUGUGUGCACCAUUUCUGGCUGCUCUUUCAAGAUUCUUGCUAGAUAGAAGCAGAAACUCAACAAGUGGAAGCCGAGACCCCUACACGCACAAGCUGGACUUGCUCUCCCUCCUCAAAGGCUUGAUGGGAGCUAGGCCUGAAGUUCACAGAGACUCUGCUAGCUACCCCACCUAGACCUCUUUCUAUAGUAGCUGUGACAGCUGUUCCACAAAACACUCUUGUGCCUCAGGGUCGCUUCUCCAGCAGGUGAAGACACCACCCACCCACCCUGCCAUCGUAGGAAUCUAGAAACAGGGGGGACAAGUCUCCUGUGCUGCCCUUUCCCCUCCCAUGUUCUGUUCUGUGGUGGAAGCCUGCACCUGAUGCACCACAUGAGCACUCUAUCCAGGUAUGUGUGGAGUGUGGUGACCCAAUCCUCUGCACUGCUCUCCUGAAAACAGGUAUGUCAGGCCAGUGAGAUGGCUCAGCAGGUAGACACUUGCUGCCAAACCCUCAUGGCCUGAGCAUAAUCCCUGGAACCACAAGGUGGAAGAACUGACCUUUGCAAACUGUCCUCUGCCCUCCACUCAUGCUCAGUGGCAGGUGGGCGCACACACACACACACACACACGUGUGUACAUGUGUACACACACACACACACACACACACACACACACAGACACGUAGUAAUAAACAAGUUAAUGAAUGAAUGGGACAAAUUAGAUCUAUCCAGAGUAAACCUAAAUAUAGGCAAGUGUCAGAAAAACCAGCCUCCUGUCUUACAGAGAAUAUUUUGUUGUUUUGUUUUUGUUUUUGUUUUUGGGACAGUGUCUAUGUAGCCUUGGCUGGCCUGGAGUUAACUAUGUAUGUUAACUGGGAAUUCAGAGAUCCACCUGCCUCAGUCUCCCACGUGCAGAAUCUGGGAUUAAAGCUCGUGCUACCACGCCUGGUUUUGAAGAGCAUUUUAGGACUUGCCCCAUCUCACAAAAACAUCAGCCCAGGUAGCAGCUUUCCGAGUUUGAGGGUUGACGAUCUCUGCCUGGUACAGAGCGUGAUGUCCAGAGUGAGAGGGCCAGCCGCUGCUUCAGAGUCCAGAGGCUGCACACUGCUCUGGGCUGCGGCUCUGUCAGCACCUUGUAUUGCUUUACGUCUACUCCCCCGGCCCUUUUUUCUUUUCCUGGCAGGUGUACAAUCCUGAAUAAUUCUCAGGGAUCAAAUACAGAAGCUAUUUUUUUUUGUUUUUGUUUUUAACCAACGUGUCAGAAUCAACAAGAAUACAAGUCCCUAGGGAUGCAAAGGCAAGCCAGCCUGCCAGGUAACUCUGAGAAGCAGGAGCGGCAGCCAUCGGAGUCGGUCAGAAGAAAGGUGGCUGGACCGGCACCUGCCCGGGUUCCCUCCAGAAACAGAACUGCACCUGGUGAGUGUGUCUCUAACAGCAUGGGAGGGACGGUGGACAGCAGGGCAAGCAGGUGCAAGCUCUGAAGGAAGCAGGGCUUUCUCAGCUGCCUGUGACUGUAAACACAGUAACAGUGAUGGAUGGCAGGCAGGCAUCGUUUUCCCCCCUCAAAAAACAGUUCCAUGGUUUCUGGCUGCAAGCCAAAGAAAAUCAUGGUGGGCUAUUUCCACAGCAAGUGACAGAUGACAUUUCACAGGUGUUAACAAGCCACCGGGUACGAACCCUGAUUUAGGUAAGUCAGCCUGGAGGCCACGGCCACAGCCUCCGUUCUUACUGGUGGCAGUACUGAAAAUGAACUGGUAGCUGUGCUUGUUCUGAGUGGACACCUCAACAGGAGCACACCUCUGCUGACACAUGGCUGAACCAGUACACAGGGCUUAGGUGUAAGAACACUGUGAACGAGACACCCACUUUAUGGGCAGUUGAACAGUCUGUGGGUUCAAAAAGCCCAACUAACACAUGUGACUAUAAAAACUGAUGUUCAGGGUGUUGUGGACACUGUCCUGAGCCCAAGGACGACAAAGGCAACAGAAGAGAAUCUACCCUGUUAUGGUCACAGGGACUUGAGUCACCAUGCUUAGAAAGUAGCUCCGAGGGAACUCUGUCACACCGGGUCUGGGACCAAUCAAGUACCAGGCUGGCAACCAUCACAGAGUGUGGAGAAGGAGAAUGGACACUUGUAGCACUCAGCUACCCUGGCUCUGCAGCGUAUCCUCAGCCUUCAGGUUGAGCACCAGGCUCUCAGUGUGAGACAUGAAAUAAUGAGCUGGGCUUGGAAGUAAAGCUUGAGGAAACUCUCUGAAUGCUGCUGAUCAAAAGAAUAGACUUCUCAAAAGCAGCAACAAAAUACUAAAUGGAAGCAGUGGACAGGCUGGGGCUGAGACAGGGGCAUCUGGGCAGGUUGCAGUCAGGCCCCAGUGUCAGCUGGGCUGAGGACAAGGGGGAAGGCGAAAAGAAAAGCCAGCUUGCUCUCGCUCACCUACAAAAGGCAGAAAACCACUUAGGCCAGGGAGCACACUGAAGGACCCCGGGCUAUCCCGGGGCCUGUCUGCAUUUAAUUCUGUAAAUGGCUGAAAGAGCAGUCCCUGGGGCUUGGCUACAGCAAGAGGUUUAUGGGGCACACUUGCCAACACAGGCAGCGGAGAACCAAACAGUUCCUCAGCCGCCUUCCUGGCAAAGGCUACCAUACCAGUAGCAGCACACCAAGGUGUAUUGUGGACCUUGUUCAAAAUUCCUAAGCUUUAGCUGGGUGUGGUGACAAUGCCCUUAAUCCCACCCAGUACAGAUCUCUGUGAGUUCAAGGCCAGCCUGGUCUACAUUGUAAGUUCCAGGACAGCCAGAGCUACAUGGUAAGACUAUGUCUCCAAAACACCAAACCAAAGUGAAAAAUAAGUAAAAGUCUAAAAUGACAAAACUAAGAGUUCUAAGUGUUGCGAGGCUUGCCCUGCGUCUCCUUCAGCAGGGACCUCCUUCCUGGUCGAUUUCUAUGCUGGGGCGGGGCUAUUUAUUUUGGGGAGCAGACAUGAAAUGAUGAGGCAUCAGAGUGCCAUGCUUAGGAAGGUAGACCUUGCAUGCUUUAUAAAUUCUUGCAAAAGAGACCCUAAGGUUUGAUGCUUUGUGGCAAUUAGAUGUUGACUGGGUCUGUGACCCAGCAUCCAGAGCAGUGGCUGCUUUGUAUUUCAAAGCAUGUUAGGUGGUAAGAAACUACAGUGAAAAUGUGGUAUUUAAAAUGUCCCCAACAGACAGAGCUCUCAAGGCUGUGAAACUUGAGAGCCCGAGAGUAGCUCAAAGCUGGUCUGCCUGCUCCCAAGUCACAACCCAGGAAAAUAGCUAUGCAAGUCCAUUCGCCAUGAGAAUAUGACUUCUGUGGCACUCAAGUAUCAGGAUUCACAAACAGCAAGACCUCCUGACGGCACAGCCUGACACCUUGCCUGGACAGCUUGCCUCUCUAGCAGUCCUCCAUUAAUGCGCCUUCACGUCUGCUGCAGCUGCUCACGUACCUACUGUGGCUCUAGACAAGUCACCACGUUGGCAUCCAGAGACAUCACUACCCACCUUGAUUUAAUCCCUAAAAACAAUUCAUCAGCUCAUUCAACAGGCUUACCUUUGUAACCACAAACUCUCUUAAUUUGUCCUUUAAAUCCUUUAUGGGAAGAUUCGGACUCAGUGUAAUGGGGAAAGGCGUAAAUACAGGGGAAUAACUCAUGAGUGUGUGCUCAGCAGUGACAGUCAUCAGGGACACACAGUGAGACCGCAGGGAAUUGCCCCUUGCAAGCCAAUUAGGAUGGUUACCAUGGAAAUGGAGUACUGACAACGUGCAGUGUGGCCAACUCUCCUACCUGCAGCUGUACUGACAUGGAAAAGCCCAGGGUGCAGCUAUACACCCAACAUGCGAGGCAGUCAUUUCACUAUCCCACAUUCAUUUGAGACAGACAAAAACACCUGUCUUCUCAAAGACUGACUCGUGCACAAUGCUUACAGCAUCUUUGUAAUAAUGAGAAGCUGAAAAUGGCAUAGGAGUCCAUCAACAGCUGAACAAAUAAAUUGUGCACAACUAUGGGAUGGAGUGUCACUCAGCAAUGAACAAGAACGAAUGAAAACCACAAUGAGGAGGCAGACUCUCCGUCCGGAUCAUUAUCUUAACUAGGAAAAGCCCCCCCCCCCCACAAGAAUCCAUUGCACGAGUCCACUUACAGCACCUCACAGACUCCAGGGACAUAGAAACACACAAAUGGGGUAGAAAGACAGAUGGCUUUCUGGGGCAUACGGAAACAUAGGGGUGAAACUUGCCCUGAUGUGGUAAUAGUUUCAGAGUGCACACCCAUAAAAAAAUGAUCAGAUUACACACAGGUGUGCUGCAGGCACCUGAAGGUCAGUGACUUGGGAGCCUGAGGCAGGAGGAUGGCUUAAAUCCAUGAGUUCAAGGUCAUCUUGGAUAACAUAACAAACCCAUCAAAAAGACAGAAAGAAGGAACCCAAUAAACCAAGGUCUGUUCAAAUGGCAUUCUCCAUCUGUCCAUCUACCUACCUAGCCAUCUAUGGAUCAUUUGAACUUGCUGUGUAGCCAAGGAUGACCCUGAACUUCUGCCCUCCCUGUCCCCACCCUUCAGUGCAGAGAUAACAGACAUGUAACACCACACCUGGUGCUGUGCUGCGGAUGAAGCCCUGGGCCUCAUGUAUGCCAGGCAGACACUCUGCCCACUGAGCGGCAUCCCUAGCCCCAAGUGUUGGACUUAGGAACAUUCGGUUAAUGUGCUUCAGGAGAGUUGGGGGGAGCAUUCCCUGACUCAAAUGUCCUCUGUUGUUCCUGUAGGAAACUGAAAGGAAACCAUUUCAAGCUAUGGUGGUGAGAAGACACUGAGAGCUCAAAAGCAUGAGCCAGCUCCGGACCACAAAGGCUGGACUUGUGGCAUGUGGAGUGAUCUGCGCCUUCAUCUUUCUUUACUCCCGGAACCCCGGUUCCGAGGAGGCUGAGGAGGAGCCCAUCCACCUGGCUGUGGUGGAAUGUGGCUUCUAUCCAGAUGAAUUGUGCUCAGCUUUAUUUGAAGGGAAAAAGGCAGCCCCCCAAAUUGCACAAUUCUGCAAACCCCCUUACAAUUCUGAAAUACUCGCUCUUUUGCGCACAUCCAGAAACUGUUCCAGGAUGGCCCGGGGGCUGCAUUUCAUAACCAGACCCCUGUCUGCAGAAGAGGGGAACUUCUCUUUGGCCUUUGUUAUAAGUGUUCAUAAGGAGCUGGCCAUGUUUGUACGGCUUCUCAGAGCGAUUUACGCUCCUCAGAAUGUCUACUGUGUCCACAUUGAUGAAAAGGCCCCAAAGAAGUUUAAGAGUGCCAUGCAAACCUUCGUAAACUGUUUUGAAAACGUCUUUAUUUCAUCAAAGACACAGAAGACGGCUCAUGAUGGCCCUAAGAGGCUGCAGGCAGAGAUUAACUGCAUGAGAGACCUCGUCCACUCCACACUUGAGUGGCAAUAUGUUAUGAAUCUCUGUGGACAGGAAUUCCCAAUCAAAACCAACAAAGAGCUCAUCCAGUACAUCAGAACCAAGUGGAGGGGUAAAAACAUCACUCCUAUGAUGACCCCACUCCCAAACACCAAACCCAAGACAGGCCAAAGGCCCCCUGAGCCUAACCCUGAAGAAAAUACCUACGUAUCUCCAAGUACAAGGUUCAAACAAAAACCACCCCAUAACCUAACGGUUUACUCAGGAAGUGCUUACUAUGCACUUACGAGAAAGUUUGUAGGGUUCAUCCUGACUGAUCCCCGUGCAAAAGACAUGCUCCAGUGGUCCAAAGACAUCCACAGCCCAGAGCAGCACUACUGGGCGACCCUGAACCAGCUGAAAGACGCUCCGGGUGCCACACCAGAUGCUGUCUGGGAAGGAAACAUUCGAGCCACUAAACGGAGAAUGGAGGAAGGAGAUGGUCACAAGGGAUGUACAGGUCACGAUGCCCAAGACACCUGUGUCUACGGCCUGGGAGACCUGCCUUGGCUCAUCCAAUCGCCGGCUCUGUUUGCCAAGUUUGAGCCGUCGACAGACCCACUGGUGGUGGCAUGCCUCGAGAGGCAGCACAGACUCAAAGCCCUACGGCAGGCGGAAGUCCCCACAGAGCCACACUGGCAAUUUCCCCGGGAAACCCGCUUCAGCAGUCAACCCCACCACUAAGGGACACUUUCGCCAGGCACCGUUUCAACUCCUGGAUGCGAAUUAGUUCCAACAGGAACGCAGACACGUGCUCCUGGCCAGACUUUACUCCUGACCCUAGGCAAGAGAGAUCACAAGAGGAAAAUGACGGGGCUGUGGCUGGGGACCGGAAAUCAACACCCGGAAGGCCCAGUGCUUCAGUGAGCAACUGCUUAAGGCCGGAUCUCUCCACCCGAUGAACCCAGUUCACGGUGGAGUAACCACCAGGCGGCCUUGUUCUGAGGGCCUGGAGACCCUGUGUAAGAGGCACUAGGACAGAACAAAGCCCCACCCACAAGGAAGCCAUGCUUCUCUAGAGCUGUCCCUGUGGGGUUAAGAAAAGCACAACUUCGUUCUAGAAAAUUCCAGGAAAACAUCUAGGGGAUUCCUUCUCUGGGUAAAAUGAAUUAUGCCACAGUAGGAACACAGCUUAAGAGGGCUGCCUGAAGUCUGUGUAGUCUUGGUCUGUCAUCUUCUUCUUCUUCCUGCCAUGUUGGAUGGCCCACACCGGCACAUACCAUCACCACAGAAGAAUGUGGAGAGAUGGAGAAAGCCACUCUUGACUUUUAGUUAGUUUUUAAAGUUAGUUAAUUCGUGUGACAAACAGCCAAAAACCUGGCUUAGCCAUCCUGGUGGCAGAUGCAGAUCCUCCCGUCCAAGUCCCCAACUCUUCUUCUGUCACUGUUAGGCGACACUUAUAUAUACACUCCUCCUCACAUAUAUACAGCGUCCUCGGCGGCGGCGGCAUAAAGACUGACAUGCUCCACUACUUUAUGUGUCUGAAUGCUUGGCCUGUAUGUGUAGGUGUGUACUACAUGUCCAUGGAAGUCAGCAGGUGUUGGCUCCCCUGGAACUGGAGUUACAAAUGGUUGCCAGACACCACGUGGUGCAGGGAAUUGAACUCAGGUCCUCUGCAAGAACAACCAAUGCUUUUAACCACUGAGCCUUCUCUCCAGCCUGGAAAUACUUUUUUUUUUUUUUUAAGUAGGAGCCCAGGAAAGGAAACUAACACACACUAUAAAAGUCAAAUUUCAGCACCGUAAGUCAACUAAGGCUUUCCCCACAUAGACAUGAGAUCACAUCCGGUGAUGUGGCCUGGAAAGCUGAGAAUAGAAUGAGAGAUCUUUUUAUUUAUGUACUUAUUUAUGUAUUUAUUUAUUACAUAUACAGUGUUCUGUCUGCAUGUAUGUCUGCAGGCCAGAAGAGGGCGCGCGAGAUCUCAUUACAGAUGUUUGUGAGCUACCAUGGUGGUUGCUGGGAAUUGAACUCAGGACCUCUGGAAGAGCAACUAGUGCUUUUAACCACUGAGCCAUCUCUCCAGCCCAGAAUGAGAGAUCUUAAAGGCAGAUACUAUAAAUCAACUUUAAGUAACAUAUGUAAGAUUAAAGUAGUCUUGGUUUAGGCCAACAUUUCCCUUUACUGUACACUGAAAAUGUUAAGCUAUCCUUGACCUCUUAGAUGACAAUGUGCUUAUUACAAGACAUGAAACACACUGUAGGAAUACAACUGGUAUUCUGGCUAGUCAUCUGGUUACUGGAUAAACCAAACCACAGCCCCUGCUCUUCUCUGGGUGCUAUUCUCUGAAGGCAAAGUGAACACCAUGUUAUGCAGUGUGACCAAAGUGAGUUGGAACUUCUGAGUGUUUAUUUUAGUAUUACUGUGUGUGUGUCAGACUCCUUUUUCGCAGGCUCCUUGAAGUGAGGUGUCAUCGUGUGACUGGGUUCUAACCAGUGGAAUAUGAGAUGCUCCAGGGACAAUUUGCAGGCUGAUCCAUAAAAACUUCCCAAGGGAGACUCUCUUUCCUUCUCUCAAGUCAAGGAAGGAUAGGAGGGGAGAACUGCCUAGCUAGGAUUCUCUGCUGGGCACUUGGUACCUAAGAAUGGUUCCCGCAGUGAUCCAGCCUUCUACCAAUGUACUCAUUAGCAAACUUGAGAAACUUCACACUUGAAGUUUGGUCCCUGUUAACAACCUGACUCCAUUUACUGCCUUACUUACUUCUUGUCUGGAAUGUUUGGAUCUAAAGGAAAGGCUCCGAGCUCUUCUAACUUCUUCACUUUACACAUUGGACGUUGGGGCCCAGAGAGAUGCUGUUUUCCCAGGCCAAACUGAUACAUGCCAGGCUCCCAAUACUAACACACCACAGGGAUGUUCCUCAAAGUUCCCCAGUUGGCAAAUCAGUCCCCAGUGUGGCAGCGCCAGGAGGCAGGACCUGGUGGCAGGUGUUUGGUCACAGAGCCUCAGGAAGUAAUUAAUGCUAAUGUCAUGGGUGAGUGUUCCUUAUAAAGGACAAGGUCUUUCCACACACUGGAGCAUAGCCUUGUUUCAAACAGAGGAUCUGGUAGAGUGUCCAAGGGGGAGGGGUCCUGGCUGAGAAGCACUGAGCGGGGGAGGGGCAGGAUUUCUGUCGGCAGGAAAGGAGCUUUGCUGACACCUGAUGCUCAAGACAUUUGAACCCAGGCUUGUUCAUGAUGCUCACCCUGACCCUCACCAUCACACACAUACCCAGGUCAACACCCUCCACAUUAAGACACGGAGUACUGCGCCCUUGUGGGCACUGGCACCUUGCCUGGACUUCCCAGCCUCCAGAAUGUCGAGCGGAUUUUUAUUCUUUAUGAAGAGCCAGGUCUCAGUGUCAGUCUCUAACAGCACAAGGCAGACGAGGGUAGGGGGGAUAAACGGGAGUCCCGCCUCAUGGGCGUGGCCUGUCCAGCGCUGUGAUGUUCUAUCAUCUACAGUCUUGCAGAUUAAACUGUGCCCCACCCCACUGUUGAAGUCCAAGCCAGAAGCACAUGAUGCACCUUCUCCAGACACUGUCACUCAUACAUACCACCAGCUGCAUUAGGCAGGUAACUCCCAAGGACGUCACUUUUAAAAAAGAAAGCCUGAUGUGACACUUGUACAUGCCAUGAAGACGAGUCAGCCACAGUCUAGCACCCCUGACUUCAUCACCCAUCAGCUCCCGGAAUGCUGCACAGGAGGGAUCACUCAGGGCUUUUGCGGAGAGUGCACUUUAAUCCGAAGAACAUCUGGACCCACUUCAAGGUGGCUUUCUACCAUCUUAGACUAAGAUCCACGAACGCCAAGGUGCCACCCCUCCCCCAGUUCCAUCUAUGCUCCUGUCCUUCCCUGGCCACACUUACUGCCCCUGGAGUCAGCAGAGUCCCCUGCUCCUGUCCAAGCUUUGCAAGCGCCUUUGUGCCCAUUAGCUCUGAAUUCAAAGCUUCAAGAUGCCUUCACUGCCCACUGCUAAGGUCAACACUCUCCCUUGACUACAGAGCCUUGUGUUCUCCCUUCUAAGCAUGUCACACCGAUACACUCACUUCUGUGAUGGUCUCCCUGGCAGGAGGGGGAUCCCUGAGGGCAGGACUUGGGUGGGUCUUUUCCUUUAGGACAUCCUACCAGUAAAGGGUAGGACAGGAGCUGCCAUGACAAUUGCUCACGAAAAGCCACCGACAGAGGGCGCAACCCAUGACAGGCCUAAGCACACCGACAUUCACUGCAUACAGUCAUGCGUGGCUUCUAUCUACAUUACACUAAAUACCAUGCAAGGAAGCACCAGAGGAAUUCAAAGAAGGCAUGGCUUGGGGCAGCACCACCUGCAAGUGCCAAGUCAUCACACUUGCCUUCGGAUGGGCCAGGACAGUCUGCAGGAACACUCCUCAUGUGAUCACUUACUCAAGGCAUGGCCUAGAGAUCAAGGGACAAUACACCUGGUCCCCUGCCCUCAAAAGCACACAGUCCAGUGGGGAGACUGACACAGAGACACAAUUCUGUGAUGAUGAGAUCAGAGGGGUAACGAGGUACUCAGUGAUGAGGAAGGACCAGCAAAAAGGAUCUGCAGAGCAAGUGAGGCAGAGGAGGAACAAGGCCCUCAGGCCGGCAGUUUGGAGUAGGAAGAACCCGGCCCGGAAGAAAGCGGCCAGGGUGUGAAGUGUUCGAGUCUGUCCCUGCAAUAGUGAAGAGUCAUGGAAGAAGAGGUGACUUGCUAGAUGGAUGCUUUCACAAAUAACUUAGGAUUUAAAUGACAGAGGGAAAGAUGCUGAAGCCACUUCCUCAGCUGCCAAGAAGGAACAAAUGGAGUGUGGUGGGA